CUUCGUUGGAACUUUUAUUUACAUUUUUCAGAGUGAAAUAUCAUAAAAUUUUAUUUUGCUAAAUUUAUCAAAGAGAAAUGGCUGGCGAGAAAAAAGGAAAGGUUGGAACUCGUGGGACGAAACAAAUUGUGGAGGAAAAUGUAACGACACUAAAAUUUUAUCGAAAUAUGUCUCUUGUUGCAUGUUCAGCUUUCCUGCUCAUCACUCUUCUUCUCAAGACAUUAACUGGAACUCUUAUUACUAUGACAAUAAUUUCAUUUGGCAUUCAUUUAGGAGCAUAUCAAUUUAUGAAAAUGAUAAGUCGUCCACAACUAUCUGAAAAUGGUUCGAUUAUUGAUUCUGGCACAGAUUUAAAUAUGGAAGGAGGAAUUGCUGAACACGUGAAGGAUAUCAUAAUUCUUACAUCAGGCACACAGAUUCUCGCAUUGUUAUCAAAUUGGUUUUGGAUGCUUCUCCUUCUCGGACCAGUUCGAGCGAUUUACAUGCUUUGGGGCUCAGUUAUUAAGCCUUGGUUGUCAUCAAAAGAAGAUGUCGAUAAUCCACAAGUUAAUGAAAAGAAGCAAAAGAAAAUGGAAAGACGAAUGAAGAGGAUGAACUCCAGAUAAAAAUGAAUUGAACAAUUUACGAUUUUGAUGGUGUUCAUAGGAAAAAUAUUUGAAUUAAAUUUUAUCAUCCCUGGUUUUUGUACAGAUUUUUAAAUUAACUAAAGGAGCUGCUGCUCAUGCGGGUUUUAUGUUGACGUUAUUAUUUUAUUUUGAGAUUUAUUAAAGAUAUCGAAGAUUUCUUGGAAAAAAUAAAUAUUGAAAUUCA